AUGAAAGUUAGUGACAUUGAGGAUAGCAGUGCUGGGGUAACAUCAAAAAGUCUGGAAAAUAAUUUCAACAUAAUAGAAAAGUUUGUGCAAAAAGUGAAACCAUACUGUGGAAUUGGAUCUCUUGUCGUGAUUCUACUGGCGUAUCAUGGAUUCUUGAUCGCCGCCGGAAUUCACAACUACCAAAAAGCAGCUCCCUUAAUAUACAUAACUCUAUUCCUAUGGCUAUGCUUUCUCCUCAACAUCCUUGUGUCCACCGAAAAGUUCCAAUCAGUUUAUGAUGACGUGGCACAUAAAUUGGAUGAGUUGUCGAAACAAAAGAGAUUUGUACCUUUAGGGCUGAAAAUUGCAUUCAUUAUCGGGUUACUAGCCUUCACUAUCGUUGAUUCUCUGAAAGACAUGUCUAGGUUGUCUGGAUUUUUUGCAUACAUUUUUUAUAUUCUCUUCAUGUUUGUGUUCUCCAAUAAUCGGGUGAAGAUAAACUGGUCAGUGGUGUCCAGUGCCCUCAUUAUGCAUUACUGUGUAGCUCUAAUCAUACUCAAGUGGUCCACUGGUCAAUGGUUUUUCCAACAAGUUGCUCAACUUAUAGUCGGAUUCCUUGAAUUUGCUCAAGUUGGGGCUAAAUUCGUUUUCGGUUUCAUUGCCGGACCACCGAACAUUUGUGACUUGGCACCAGUUUUCAUAUUCACAUCACUCCAAACCCUGAUCUACUUCUCUGCUGUUGUUGCAUUGAUGUUCUACUUUGGAAUCAUCCAAGUAGUUCUCAAAAAGAGUACAUGGUUCAUGAAAGUUCUCAUUGGAACAACUCCCGUCGAAUCUGUGAAUGCAUGGGCAUGCACUUUCCUUGGAAUGACAGAAGCUCCUCUCAUGAUUGCUCCAUACUUUGAAAAGUGUACGGAUUCUGAAAUCUUUGCGGUUGUUACCAGUGGGUUUGCAUGUGUUGCCGGGACAGUAUUUGCUGCGUAUGUUGCUCUUGGAGCAUGUCCAAUAUAUCUCCUGACUGCUAGUUUAUUGUCAGCUCCAAUGAGUUUGGCAUGCUCAAAAAUCAUGUUUCCGGAAACAGAAGAAACGAAGAUUAAGGCUAGUUAA